AUGAAAGUUAUUCUCACAGGCUCCACGGGCUUUGUUGGUGGCGAAAUCUUAUCUCAAUGCCAGCAGCAUCCAGCCAUCACCUCCAUCGUAGCGCUAAGCCGGCGUGACUUGCCAGCCCACGAGAAGCUUCAAGUCGCGAUAGUCGAAGACUUUCUGAAGUAUCCCGACUCCGUUCGAGAGCAAAUCAAGGAUGCCGAUGCCUGUAUUUGGACCCUGGGCAAGGCUCGCAUGCCUGACAACGACACAGCUCGGCGCGUGAGUCUGGACUACACACUUGCUGCAGCCCGAGUCUUCGAACAGACCUGCCAGAAACCAUUCCGGUUCAUAUACUGCAGUGGCGCUGCAGCUGAAAGGGACCAGACCAAGCCACUGUGGUUUAUGCAAGACUACCGACGCAUUAGGGGUCAAGUCGAAACCGAAGUUUUGGAUUUUGCUCAUGAGCAUACUGACUUCGAGGCGCAUAUCAUGCGACCGGCUAUGAUUGUGACGCGAGACAUGAGUCUGCGCAGUCUUGCGUUUAGUCUGGGACCGUCGGUUAAGGUGGAUGAUCUUGCUCGUACUAUGCUGGAUUUAGCAUUGAAUGGUGGACGGAAGCAUCUCUGGGAGAAUGCUGACCUGAACUAG